AUGGUUGCGAACAACUCUCAGAUGCAACAACCACCCACCUACACGGGCGAUCUCUUAUGGGUCAAUCACAAUCAGAAGAGCAGGAAGGCUUUGCCACACAGGAAGAGAGUCUUCGGUCACGUCCAGCGAAACUACCGCAAAUGGAAAAGGAAACAUGAUAACAAUCAGUUGCAGGCGUCCAUCCGGUUGCCGGGUACAACCAUUGUUUCCCAAAAACACCAUCGCGUUGCUGGUGAUCAGGUACAGGGAGAGCCGGACGCGAGCGUUGCGUCUGACGCAGCUGAUGCCGCUGCUUCUUCCGAUAUUCCCAGCCCGCUGACACUUAUUCGUCAAGGCAACUCUGACCCUUUCUCUUGUUUCUCCUUUUCCAUCACGCCGCGCGUGAACGAGGUCAUAACCUUUAUCCGAGACAUUCAGCUGCCCACGCUCUACUACUCGCCUUACUUCCGCGAGGCAGCCCGCUUCCCUUCGACUCGUUCGGAUGUCACGAAGUCACCCAUGGGCUGGAUCUCGACACCAGCGGCGGUCCAAUCCUGGAAACACAUCGUCCAAGGCCUGCAUGAUCAAUGCACCGCACUCGCUUGUCUCAGCACAUACUUGGCCAUGAUGGUUGCUUGUGGUAUCAAAGGCAGUGGUUACAUGAAGUACAGCUUGGAACUAAGAAACACCAGUUCUCAAAUGCUCAGGCAGAGCAUCCUCCGAAGGGACCCUACACACCGAAGUCGGCUCGCCCAGAUCACACUUCUUCAACAAGUCUUCUGGCACUUCUACGCUGAAGCCUCGGCGAGAAAUCUCGAUGCUGCACUUAUACAUGGACGAAUGCUGAGAAAAUUGAUGCACCAGGACCCGGAUGCUGUAACUCCGCACUUCUUCAUGCUGGCAAUGUUUGUCGACAUCCAUCUGAGCUCGACGCACCGCGGGAAACCGAUAUUUGAGUACGAGACGUUUGGACCAAAUGUAUAUCAGGCAAUGUGGAGCGGAGUCGAUCCAUAUGUCUACCUGCUCGUGGGAAAGGAGACCAUCCCAGACGCUGCAGAUGGCGCAACUACAAGCACGCUUUUGGAUUUCUCGGUGUCAACGGAGCCUCUUCGAAGCCUCUUCAUCCGUCGACGACAGGCCGUCGCACUGGAAAAGUUGAUUGCCCAAGCUGAGGGUCCCGGCAUCAAUACCACGGCGAUAUUCUUCUGGGUUGCAUCCCAUGCGUAUAUCGACGAGGGAUUCUUCACGAAUUUCUAUUGUGAUAAGGUCAAGGGUACUUCGGUCACUUUGAGUGAGGAUCUCUGCGAGUCCAACGCCGCGUCCAUUUUGCAGGGACCAGGUCUCGCGUGCCAAUCCGAAUGUAGCCGCCUGACAGAGGCCGCAAUGGCAAUGGCGGCACUUUACCUUAUGCGCGUGCUUGGGCUGUUUGACAUGUGGAUUAAUGGGCAGAACUUCUAUGACCCCGCAGCAUCGCGUGAGACGCUUCUUUACGAUGCCCUUACCGCCGCGUUUCGAGUGGGCAGUCCCCAGGAGUUGGAGGCUUACGCAAAUGCGCACCUAUGGUGCCUGUUUGUGGGAGCGACAGCGGAGUGGCAGAGUGUCCUAAAUGGCAACGUUGGCAGGAGAGGAGGAAGCCAGAAAUCAGGGGGCAUGCUCACAGCGAAGGCACAGCUGAGUUUGCAAAGAAUCGAUAGCGAAUUUGCCGAGAACCUAUCACAUAAGGACCGAAGUGGGUUCCAUGUCGGCGCAGAAGAUGAAGAUGCGUCGCGCAUGUUGUUUAACACCCUCUUUGCAAGACAAGCGAGCAUGAUGGGCCUCAUAAGUUGGGAGCAAGUGGUUCCGAUCUUGAGGAUGUUCGCGUACGGCGACACAUUGCAACCGCAUGGCAGCCAGUGGUUCUGGAGAAGUAUGGGGGCGCAUUUGGAUGAUUCGAAUGCAUACCAGUAG